GCCUCACGUCGACACUUUUCCCUUGUUGACACUCUUUCAGCGUGCAAUCCACGUCAGUCUCUCCCUCUCCAGACAUACUCUUCCUUUCUUCCUUCUCCGCGACAUGAUCGUGCGGUAGUCCACGCCAAAUUCCCGUUAUUCUCCUUGUGCUUUUCAGGGCAUCCUCGUUAUCCAACUCCAACAUACACCCAAGAAUACACGAAGGACCAUAUUUACAAUGAGUUACGCAAAGAAGGACGAGGAUGCUGACCACUCCGUCGGCUUCAAGCUGGACCGUACCUCUGUCUUUCAAGAUGCUCGAUUGUUCAAUUCCUCCCCCAUCUCCCCUCGAAAAUGCCGGACACUUCUCACGAAGAUCGGCGUCCUCCUCUUUACCGGGGAGAAGUUCCCUACGAAUGAAGCUACGACGUUGUUUUUCGGUAUUUCCAAAUUAUUCCAGAACAAGGACCCCUCCUUACGCCAAAUGGUCUAUCUGAUUUUGAAAGAGCUGGCCCAUACGGCCGAGGAUGUGAUAAUGUCUACCAGUAUCAUCAUGAAGGAUAUGACGGUGGGAAGUGAGAUCAUCUACAAAGCCAAUUCUAUCCGAGCACUCUGCAGAAUCAUCGACGCCACCACAGUCCAAGGUAUUGAACGACUGAUCAAGACUGCCAUAGUCGAUAAGUCUCCAGCAGUUUCUUCUGCGGCGCUAGUGUCCUCGUAUCAUCUCCUGCCAAUAGCGAGAGAUGUGGUUAGAAGGUGGCAGAGCGAAACCCAGGAGGCAGCGUCCUCAUCGAAAUCUGGUGGUGGCUUCUUGAGCUUUGGGGGCAGUUCUCAACACUCCCUGGCAGCAGCCAACACAAAUUACAUGAAUCAGUACCACGCUAUCGGUUUGCUGUAUCAGAUGCGAUCUCAUGAUCGGAUGGCCUUGGUCAAGAUGGUGCAGCAAUAUGGCGCGGCGGGAGCUGUCAAGAGCCCGGCUGGUGUCAUGAUGCUUGUCCGACUAGCUGCUCGACUCGCGGAAGAAGAUGCCAGCCUGAGGAAACCCAUGAUGCAGAUGCUUGAUACUUGGCUGCGACACAAGAGUGAAAUGGUCAAUUUCGAAGCAGCCAAGGCAAUCUGCAACAUGCCAGAUGUGACUGAUGCCGAGGCGGCACAGGCGAUCCAUGUUCUGCAGUCUUUCCUGACUUCACCCCGAGCAGUCACCAAAUUUGCGGCUAUUCGGAUCCUCCAUUCUUUCGCGUCCUUCAAGCCGCAAGCCGUACAUUCCGCCAACCCCGACAUCGAGGCACUGAUCUCCAACAGCAAUCGAAGCAUUGCGACCUUUGCUAUCACUACUCUGCUCAAGACUGGUAAUGAAGCUAGCGUUGACCGAUUGAUGAAGCAGAUCCAAGGAUUCAUGGCCGAGAUCACGGACGAAUUCAAGAUCACCAUUGUUGAAGCGAUCCGUACUCUCUGCAUGAAGUUCCCUAGCAAGCAAGCUGGUAUGCUCACAUUCCUGAGUACGAUUCUCCGCGAUGAGGGUGGCUACGAAUUUAAGCGUGCUGUUGUUGAGAGUAUGUUUGACCUGAUUAAGUUCGUGCCGGGAAGCAAGGAAGAAACUUUGUCACAUCUAUGCGAGUUCAUCGAGGAUUGCGAGUUCACAAAGCUUGCCGUCCGCAUCUUGCACUUGAUCGGCGUCGAAGGUCCAAAGACACCGCAGCCCACAAAGUACAUCCGAUACAUCUACAACAGAGUCGUUCUGGAGAAUGCUUUGGUUAGAGCCGCCGCAGUGACUGCCUUAGCGAAAUUCGGUGUUGGACAAAAGGACCCGGAGGUCAAGAAGAGUGUCAAGGUAUUGUUGACGAGGUGCUUGGACGAUACAGAUGACGAGGUUCGUGACCGAGCCGCACUGAACUUGCGGUUGAUGGAUGAAGAAGACGAUAUUGCCGAACGAUUUGUCAAGAACGAUUCAACAUACUCAUUAUCAACCUUCGAACACAAACUCGUCAUGUAUGUGACAUCAGACGAUAAGUCGGUCUUCAGCAAAGCUUUCGACAUUAGCCUGGUCCCGGUGGUCUCACAGGAGCAGGCCUUGGCCGAAGAACGGACCAAGAAGCUCACCACCGCUACCCCAACGCUCAAGGCUCCCAGCACCGGACCAGCCAAGCCAAAGGCAAAUGGUCUUGCAGACGGUCCAUCUGCCGCAGCUGCCGCCCAGAAGUAUACCCAAGAAUUCUCGAGAAUACCUGAGCUUGCCGCUUACGGGCCGGUGCUCAAGUCCAGCUCUGUGGUUGCGCUUACGGAGAGCGAGACCGAGUACGUCGUUUCCGCAGUCAAGCAUAUCUUCAAGGAGCAUGUGGUUAUCCAGUAUGACAUCAAGAACACAUUGGACCAAACAGUGCUUGAAAACGUUUCAGUCCUAGCUACAACAUCUGAAGACGAAGAGCCGAUUCUGGAAGAGGAAUUCAUCAUCCCUGCCAAUGCUCUGAAGACCAACGAGCCUGGCGUUGUUUAUGUCGCUUUCAAAAAGGUCGAAGGAGAGGCAUCUUUCCCUAUCAGCACAUUCAGCAACGUCCUCAAAUUCACCAGCAAAGAAAUCGACCCAACCACAGGCGAGGCCGAAGAAGGCGGAUACGAAGACGAGUAUGAGGUCGAGAAUCUCGAGCUCACAGGAGCAGACUUUGUCUCACCUGCCUUUGCUGGUAGCUUUGAUCACAUUUGGGAGGGAACAGGUGCCAACGGCGAAGAAUCUAGCGACACAUUGCAACUGGCGAGCGUUAAAAGCCUGGCAGACGCUACGGAACAACUCACCCAGACACUUUCUCUACAACCCCUCGAAGGCACAGACGUGGUUUUGUCCAACAGCACGCAUACUCUGAAACUUUACGGCAAGUCAGUGACCGGUGGACGCGUUGCUGCGCUUGUCAAGAUGGUGUUUUCUGCCAAGUCGGGCGUCACAGUCAAGGUAUCUGUUCGGACAGAUGAAGCCGGCUUGUCGGGCGCGAUCAUCUCGGUGUUGUCGUGAGCAUAUAUGCAUGGAACGAGAUCAAAGGGUGUACGGACGUAUGCAUUUCUCAGGGGGAUAUAGGAGACUUGGUGGUACUCCAGUAUUUUGUUGUUGUUGUUGUCGUUCCGUACAACGGGGAAAUAGUAGCGCUGGUUUUGCUGGCUUGCUUUGCUGAAUGACGAUUCAAAAAAAAAUUAGACACAAAGGACGAGACCGAAGGAUAAUUUCUGCCCGUACAAUCGAAUGUGUAGCAGCACGAGGAGAAGAAAUGAGACGGGAGAGAAAGUUUGAUGAAUGUCCCGCGGCCUGAGUGAAUGAAAUGAGAAUUGAACAGAAUUUUGCAAAGGUAGAGAGAAGAUGCGCAUCCGAUC